AUGUCCUUAGCAACAAUGACAGCUUUAAAUCCUAAGACCACUCAUUAUGAGUUUUCUGGACCGGUCGGAGCCCUUCUGAUUUCAGUUUUCUUACCCAUUCUAACUGUCAUCUUGAACCAGUUGAUCAGACCCGACUAUCAUAUCGUAGGGCUAUUCAGAAACUUUAGCUGGAUCGAAGUUUGGAACAAGGUAAAUCCAUUAUCCAGUUAUCUCUUCAAUGGUGAGCUUUGGACUUAUUACUCUGCAUGGUUUUUCUCUCUAGCAGUUUUGGAUGUUCUCUUACCAGGCACGAAACUCUACGGUGUCGAGUUGAGAGAUGGGUCUAAGCUACCAUAUAAGAUUAACGGAAUUGCCGUGUCAAUGGCACUUACUUUAGUUUUAGCUGUCAGAUAUCAAUUGACUAAUGGUGAAAUGCCUGAACUACAGUAUUUAUUCGAACAUCAAACGGACAUCUGCAUAAUAUCUAUAUUGUUUUCUUUCUUGUUGGCUUGCUUCGUCUAUAUUGGCAGUUUCGUGCCAUUAUGGGGAACAAAUGGCAAAGGAACUAAAGAACGUAUUCUUGCUGUGGGGGGCAACAGUGGGAACAUUUUGUAUGAUUGGUUCAUUGGAAGAGAGUUGAAUCCCAGAAUUGGUCCUCUUGACAUCAAGAUGUUUGCAGAAUUAAGACCGGGUAUGUUGUUAUGGUUUUUGAUCAAUCUCUCAUGCUUACACCACAGCUAUAGGGAAUCUGGUAAAAUUUAUGACUCUUUGUUAUUGGUAAAUGUUCUACAGGGUUUCUAUAUCUUUGAUGGGGUUUUGAAUGAGGAAGGGGUGUUGACAAUGAUGGAUAUCACUACUGAUGGCUUUGGAUUCAUGCUAGCUUUUGGCGAUUUGAGUUUGGUUCCUUUCACUUACUGCUUACAGGCUCGAUAUUUAGCUGUCUCACCAAUUGAGUUUGGCCUGCCCCAUAGUACGUUGAUUGUUAUUAUAAUGUUACUAGGUUAUUGGAUUUUCCAUUCUGCAAAUAAGCAAAAGUCAGAUUUCAGACAAGGAAAGCUACCGCAAUUAAAAUCCAUCCAAACUGAUAAAGGAACAAAAUUAUUAUGUGAUUCUUGGUGGGCUGUUUCCCAGCACAUUAAUUAUUUUGGUGAUUUGUUGAUUUCUCUGAGUUGGUGUUUGGCCACGGGAUUCCAAACCCCACUAACGUAUUAUUAUUUCUUCUACUUUGCUGCAUUACUGUUGCAUAGACAAAGUAGAGACGAAGAAAAGUGCAGGAAUAAGUAUGGUGUAUUCUGGGAAGAGUAUGAAAGAAAAGUACCAUACAAAAUUGUCCCUUACGUAUAUUAA